AGAUACAGACACUAGCAACUAGAGAAACAGACACACCUGGACUGGGAGAUCCAGACACUAGCAACUAGAGAAACAUACACACCUGGACUGGGAGAUCCAGACACUAGCAACUAGAGAAACAUACACACCUGGACUGGGACGCUUCUGACCUGGGAAAAUUAGAAAUCAAUCAACUUCAUGGACAUUGUGUACUUCCGGGGACUGUAUGACAUCACCAUGACAACCCUGUUAUGACCGUAACAGGGUCAGAAAUGGCCAAUGAGAUGCUGCCCUGCUCCGAGACAGGGCUGCAGUGUCCAUGUUGUACAAAUUGACCAGGUGAGAUUGAGAGGGAGGUGUCUCCAUGGUGAUGUGGCUUCAGUGUUCCAUCUGUCUCUGGAUCUUCCUCUGGCCUUCAGCAGGGUGUCUCUCCCCCCCUCAGAAUGUGACUGUAGAGUUUCUGGACUUCCAAGGGAGAGUCCACUGGCUGGCCGGAGCUGGCAACACCAACCAUACCCACUACUCUGUAGAGAUUGGAGCACUCAGUGAGUCAUGGUGGCAACCCUGUAACUGCAGCAACCCCGUUGCCAUGGCGUGCCCCCUGGACAUUCCGCUGGAGGACCUUUUAAAGAAUUACAACGUCAGAGUGAGGGCGGAGCUGGAAGAGCAGACGUCAGACUGGAAAUACCUGGAGAACACAGUACAGCCCUACUCAGACACAGUGUUGAGUGCCCCAAGUCUGGAGUUGUGGGUGGAGAACCAGAGUCUAUGUGUCCAGCUUCACCAUCCUGCUCAGAACAUCUUCAAAUUAUACAACAUCACACUGCUGAAGAAUGUUCAGGAACACAACGCCACGGUUAUGUCAGACAUUGAGUCGGGCUCAAAGAGAGUGUUCUACCAUCUCAGUCCAGACCACACCUACUGCCUCUUGGCCUCAGCCAAUCACUACAGCCUACGCCGUCACAUGACUGCUCAGGGGUGUGUCAACCUGACGAGACACAGACCAGAUACCCAAGGUCAUCAGAGAUUGGUGGGCAUGGCUGUGGGCGUGUUCCUGCUUCUGGCUGUUCUAAUUGGUCUGAUCGCUGUGACACGCUAUGUCCUGAAGAGCACAGACCCCACCCCCACAGCUCUGUCUGUGUGUGUGCGUUCAGCAGGGUGCAUGGUGACUCCGGAACAGGUGGUGUGUCACCCAGUGAUGUGUGGGACUGCCCCCUCUGGUUACCUGAGAGCUGUCAUGACUUUUCACCUUGACAUCCGCCUGGAGACAGAGACUCUCCUUCCCUGUUCCCUUGACAACCACCUGGAGACAGAGACACUCCUACCCUGUUCACUUGACGACCACCUGGAGACAGAGACCCUCCUGCCCUGUUCCCUACAUACAGAUAUAGGAUCAGCUUCCCCUCUCACAGUCUUUACCUUAACCAUUAGUGGAGGAAAUACAAAAUGGACCCAAGAUCAGCGUCUAGGGGCAACUUCACCUCACACCCUACUAUCCCUGUCUACCUCCCCCUCUCCCUUGUCUUCCUCGUCUCUCUCCCCCCCUCUCUCCUCUCCCUCCUCCACUCUCUCCUCUGGCUAUGCUCUGGCCUGGGACAGUGUAUCCAACCAGAGCGACACAGAGACACACACAGACAGAACUACUGACAUAACUACUGACAGAACCGCCGACAGAACUGCAGACGGAACUACUGACAGAACUACUGACAUAACAACUGACAUAACUACUGACAUAACUACUGACAGAACUACUGACAGAACUACUGACAUAACAACUGACAUAACUACUGACAUAACUACUGACAGAACUACUGACAGAACUACUGACAGAACUACUGACAGAACAACUGACAGAACUACUGACAGAACUACUGACAUAACUACUGACAGAACUACUGACAUAACUACUGACAGAACUACUGACAGAACUACUGACAGAACUACUGACAUAACUACUGACAGAACUACUGACAGAACUACUGACAGAACUACUGACAUAACUACUGACAGAACGACAGACGGAACAACUGACAGAUGGGACAGGAGGUCCCAGCAGUCUCAGGAUAGACUAUCUGACUGUAAACUGUAUUCUCCCGAGUUAGAGGUCAGGGGUCAGGGGUCGUGCUUAGAUGUGCAUUCUCCCGGAGCUAGUCUAUGCUCCUUCAGUACAUAUGAACCUCGUCCUGACCCAACCCUAAACCUACCCUGACCUCUAACCCCUGACUCCUAACUAUGUAUGGUUAAGGAUGGCAGGGCUACUUGUAUUUCUGAUGCACAUAUUUACCUGUUUAUUUUGAGUUGAUUGUUUUAGUCCUGCCUGUCUUUCCCACCAAGGACCAAUUGGUGUUGGGGCCCAAAUCUUACAUUUAUGAUUGACUAAUAAAGGCACACACCCAGAACUUGUCCUUUGGAAUGAGCAUGGGAACCCCUGUCCUCGGUCUGACGUGUCAGUCACUUCAGUUGGAAAUAAGUGUUGUUGCUGUCAUGUGUUUUUGUACUCUGUUGUCGGUUCUCUGUACAAUGUUUUUAUUCAAAAUAAACCAAUCAGAUGUUCUCUACCAUGUUUCUAUUAAAAAAUAAACAAAUCA